UAAACCAAAUAUUAUAUAGUGAAGAAGCAUGAAAAGAAGCUAUACUACAACCACGUCGUUUUACUUUUAGAGUUAUAGAUUCUUGCUUGUGAUUUUGCUUUUUCUGGUGGAUUGGGAAUUUUGGGAUGGCUUCUGUCCCUCUGUUUGUUUUCUUUUUUCUCUCACACCUCGUACUGCUUCACUCAGCUAAAGGAGAAGAAAAGAGAAAACGGCCAGAUUGUUUGCCUCUCUUUCAAUGUGGAAAAUUUGGUACCAUUGGCUUUCCAUUCACCAAUUCCUCCCAUCCCGCACGGUGCGGUUUAUUGCCAGUAAAUUGUGACGGAACACCUCCGACGAUCCAACUGCCACGAAAUUUGAGUGAAACACCAUAUGAAGUUAUAAACAUCUCUUACACCAACACCACACAAUCCAUUCAUGUCAAGGACAUUUCACUUUGGGAGUACUUGAAUACCAACAAAUGUGAAUACUUAACCAAUUUUACUUUACCCAACUCUCCAUUUAUCUCUUUUAAACUCACCACACCCAAUCAAAGUCUAUUUAUAUGCAAUCGCACUCUUAAUAUUACUUCCCCUAGGAAUUUUACACAUAUGAGCUGUGGAGACCAUAAUAACUACAAUAGUCUUCCAACGAAGUUUAUUUCUCAAUGUUCAACUGUUCUGCUCCCAGUAAAAGAUAAAGAUGACCCGAAUAUAACUGCUGAGUUCAAUCUUGAAAUGCGUGUAUCUGAUGCUUGUUACAGUUGUCAUGGUAGCCUAGGUCAAUGUAUCCUUGACAAGAAUGAAAAAUUUUCUUGUCUCCAUCAAGAAAAACACAAAUCAGAAAAUAAAAAGAAGAUCAAUUUGCUGAUAGGAUUAGUUGUUGGAUGCGCAGUCAUCUUCAUGAUUUUGGUGUCCUUUAUUUUCUGGCAUCUUUACAAGAAAAAAUACGCUUCUUCAAACUUUUUUGCAAGGAAUACAUAUUCUGAUCCAUCCUCUAGACCAGAAGUGGAAGGGGGGAGCGUCUACUUUGGAGUCCCCGUUUACUCCUACAGUGAACUUGAAGAAGCCACCAAUUAUUUUGAUAUUGAAAAAGAACUUGGGAAUGGAGGAUUUGGAACCGUUUACCAUGGCAAACUCCAUGAUGGGAGGGAAGUUGCAGUGAAGCGCCUAUAUGACCACAACUACAGACGAGUACAACAGUUCAUGAAUGAAAUUGAUAUCCUAACACGAUUGCGCCACAAAAAUCUUGUCUCCCUUUAUGGGUGUACUUCACGCCACUGCCGUGAACUUCUUCUUGUGUAUGAAUACAUUCCCAAUGGCACCAUUGCUGAUCAUAUUCAUGGCAAUCAAGCAACACCAGGUUCACUCACAUGGCCAACUCGUAUGAGCAUUGCUAUAGAAACUGCUAGUGCAUUGGCAUACCUCCAUGCUUCUGACAUAAUACAUCGCGACAUAAAGACUAACAACAUCCUCCUGGAUGAUAAUUUCUGCGUCAAAGUUGCAGAUUUUGGGCUUUCUCGGCUGUUUCCCAAUGAUGUCAGCCAUGUCUCAACAGCUCCUCAAGGAACUCCGGGCUAUGUUGACCCAGAAUAUCACCAAUGCUACCAGCUUACUAGUAAGAGUGAUGUCUACAGCUUUGGUGUUGUGCUCAUUGAGCUCAUAUCAUCUCUGCCUGCUGUCGAUAUGUUUAGGCAUAGGCGUGAAAUCAAUUUGGCUAACUUAGCCUUAAAUAAGAUAGAAAAGUGUGCAUUCCACGAACUGAUUGACCCAUAUCUUGGAUUUGAGUCAGAUAAUGGAGUUAAAACGAUGAUCAUUUUGGUGGCAAAGUUGGCCUUUCAAUGUUUACAACCGGACAAGGAGCUGAGGCCUUCCAUGGAUGAGGUAUUGGAGGCUCUAAAGAAUAUUCAAAUUGGUGAGGAUGCACCAGAGGAUCAAGAGAUGGCAUAUGAUGAUGCUAGGAUCUUGAAUGUGCAGAAACCUGCUUCACCAGAUUCUGAUGAGUUUGGAUUGUUGAGGAAUAAGCAGCUGCCACCUUCGCCAGAGGCUGUAACUGAUAAUUGGAAUAGUAGGUCUACUACACCAAAUUUCAGUGUUUACACUUCUUCUCCAUGGUGCUAAUUUUUUAGUAGAUGAUAAGAUUAUGUUUAGCACAUGCUCUGAGAUGCACGAGUGGAUUGAAAUUUCAUUUUCUUCUCAUCUAGUUGUUUGGUUGUUCAGAGGAGGCAUAUUUUUUAUAGGUUAAAGUUUGAAGGAAUGUACAUAUUAAAUGGAGUCAUCUUAGAAA